AUGAAGGAAGUGAAGACUCGCCCUGUCUGCACAUUCCAUCCCUUUCUGUCGGAAAGGUUUCCCUUCCUUUCGAUUCCCAGACAGGAUCGCUACAAGUCAGGCAAGCAGGUUGAUUCCAACAGUCUCGAUGGGCAAUUGCCCAACUGGCCUACUCUCAGCGAGUAUCAACUAAGCCCUCAUGUGAACCAAUGUGAGUUCUGCACAUGCACGGAUGAGAUAUCUGCCCGGUUGACCUGUUCAAAUGAGAGAACAAGCGUUUAA